AUGUGGCUCCGUCUCGCUCAUGCCCCAAGAAUCUCACAUGCCGUCUCUCGAUGCAGCUGGAGGCCGGCGCUGGCUUCGCGACCCUCAGUCAGCGUCCGUUCAUACACCAUCCACAGCACAGGCAGCAACCGAACAAUCCCCAGCAACAGCAGCAACAGCAGCAUCCCCACCGCCGAUGCCGACGACUCCUCACCGCAGCUUCGAGAUCUGAGCAAAUACACAAAUGUCCUGGAGCGAGAGGGCUUCACCACGGCACAAGCCGAGGCACUGCUGACGCUGAUCAUCGAGGGGGUGGACGAAAGCAUGCAAAACAUUAGCAAGAGUAUGACGACCAAGGACGAGCAGCGACACACAAGCGAUGAGAUCAACCAAGAGUUCUCGCUGCUGCGGUCCGAGAUUCAGUCGCUCUCGCAGCGAGACUUUGCCAAGCUGCGGUCCGAGAUCGAAAAAGUCCUGGCGGAGGUGAACAAGAUGAAGGAGUCGAUUCAGGACGGCAGCUCCCGGGUGCACGCAGGAAUCAUGCUGGAUGUCAAUUUGGACAAGGGAAGAAUCAAGGACGAGGCACAGCAGCUGACCCAGAUGGUCGAGGGCGCCGAGAAGCGAAUCGACCUCGAAGUGGAUGCGCUGAAGGAGCGACUCGACAAGAUAAAGCGGGACAUGAAAUCGGGGCUGUCUCGUAAGUGA